GUCUUGCUACUGCUGAACUAACGGCAGGGUCACUAUCGCAUCAGAGUACACUGGAACACAGCUGCUGUGGACAGACUGGGGAAGGGACUGGACUGUCAGUUGGUAGUGGUGGAUGUCACCGCAUUAAAACACAGGCUGGGAAAGGGUUCAGUACUCUGAGGUGCUGGAGGUUAACUUAACGGAGAUUAGAACGAAGACUACGUAGUUGCACUAGAGGAUAACCUAACUAACAGACAGACUUAAGAGAGGACGUAGGCUACAUUUUUAGGGUGGGGGUUAAGGACUGUUUUUUUGUUUGAUUGCCUUAUUUACACAGAGGGAGAGGCAUGGAGGUUGUUUUCAAGGAGGGGAUGAUCUACCUUAAGGGAAACAAGUUUGGAAAGAAAACGUGGAGGAAGACGUGGAUGGUUCUCUACCCCCCUAGCAUCUUCGGCAUCGGUCGAGUCGAACUCUUCGACCUCCUUGACGGAGGCCUUACCACCCCCACCGGCAACGCCUCCAAGCCCAAGUCCCCCCAGGGUAGGAGGGUUGUUCAGCUGUGUGACUGUCUCAGCGUCGUCCCUGCCCCAGAGGAGAGCUGCCCUCCAGCCCUACCUAACGACGACUGUAGAGCAUUCUAUCUGAACACCACACAGAGAAGUUACAUCCUGGCCUCAGAGACCUACCAUGACUGGGUGGAGGCUCUCUGUCAACUAGCCUUCCAGAAAGACCCUGGAAACACAGAGAGCAGAGAGAAGGAGAGAGGAGAUGGGAUGGAGAUAGCCAUGGAGGAGAAUGAGCUGUAUGCUACCUGGAAGACAGCCCGAUACCAGGUGUCAGUUCAGACCAAUGAGGCGUCGAGGAGAUGUCAGCUGACAGGAAGUUACCUCCUCUUGCCAGAACAAGACACCAUCUUGCUCCAGGACCUCCAGACAGGUGUGACCGUCUACUGCUGGCCCUACCACCUGCUACGACGCUUUGGACAGGUCAAGGGGGGCUUCAGCUUCGAGGCAGGUCGUCGCUGUACCUCAGGAGAGGGUCAAUUCACCUUCCUGUCUAAGCAUGCUCCUCAGAUCUACAAGGCCAUUGUAGAUGCACUUACUCUGCACAGCGAAAUGGACAAUAAAGACACCAAGACCUCUACCCAGCCUCCUGGCAACUCUUCCUCUCCUCAACUUCCUCAUUCUUCCUCCUCGCCUAAACUCCCUCACUCCUCCUCUCCUCCCUCUCCUCACACAUCUUCCUCCUCUCCUAAACUCCAUCACACCUCCUCCUCCUCUUCUCCUCACCCUCCUAACAAACAAAGAGUCCACACCCGCACCCUGACCGACCUAUCAGACAGACCCACUGCCCCUCCUCUACCAAUGAGAAACAACCUCUUACCCAACACUCCAAUCAUAACUCCUGUUACUGAACCGGUUCCGGGGCCUGAGCCAAUGGCUGACUCUGAUAGUGAUCUGUACGCCACUAUAGAGGACCACCGCCCACCCGCCCCACUCAGGGCACAGCACAGCCUGCCCCUCUACGAGGAGGAAGAAGAAGAGAGGUGCCACUCCCUGGAUACUGUCGACCUGAACAAACUGGGGCUGGCAGAGGGGUCUCCUCAUUACAACCUGAGAAGGGGUGUUAUUGGGAGGGCAGGGGAGAGAGAGUGGGAGAAGGAGAGGAUGGGGGGUAGUUCAGCGUGUGUCUAUGCUUUAGUGAGCAAUCCCUCCCAGACCCAGCCACUGUCUCUGGCUUGGCCCAUGCCUCAACCCCAAACCCAGACCCGGUCUAUGCCAAACCUGGCCCACCUGCAGUUACAGGCCCAGUUACAGGGGGAAGAGGAGACGGCCUCGGGUGGCUCCACCGGGGUCCCUGUCAGUUUUAAACAGAAGCUCUCUGACAUCCUGGGUAAGGAUCUGGCUAAGUUUCAGCAACCCCAACCCUCCCUAAAUGCCCAGCCCCCAUUACCCCCCCUGGCCACAGUGACACCAAGAGGCAGUGAAUGCUAAUGUCUACUGUUACUAAAAGACAGUGACUUAUAUACCAGCUCUAUCAGAACUAAAAGACAUGGGGAGGUGACUUUGGGUGCCUGAAGAACUGCCAGUAUUGAAAGUGCACAGCUGAAUCAAAAGUGUAUUGUGUACAUUUGUAAAUUGCAUUUAUUUCAGCAUUUAGUCUGCAAAUCCCCCGAACCCCUCUACACCCC